UCUCGAUUGGUAUUUCAUCACCUAUUCAGUAGAGAGCUUCAUUCUCUAUAUAUUACCGCGUAAAAGUUCCCAAGGCAUCAUGGCACCACCAGCAACGCAGUUCGAGCUCGCGCAACCGCCCAACGACGCCAUCUCGGCGCUCGCCUUUUCGCCAGACUCGCCGUCGCGCUUGCUAGCUUCUUCCUGGGACAAGAAUAUCUACCUAUACGACACGCUCCAGAACGGCGAUGACGGAAGCCACGGGACCCUGCUACGAACGUUUGAGAACCGCGCGCCGGUGUUGGACGUGUGUUUUGGGAGAGAUGGUAACGAGGCUUUCAGUGCCGGCAUGGAUUGGCAGGUCCGGCGCAUCGACCUCGACAGCGGCGAACAGACUACCUUAAGCAAGCAUGCCGCGCCUGUGCGGAGGGUCGUAUAUAACAAAGAACACUCUCUACUCUUAUCCGCCUCCUGGGACAGUACCCUACACGUUCACGACCCAUCGAACCCCUCCCUCUCCCCCUUAAUUGUCCCUCUCCCUGGCAAGCCGCACGCCAUGGCCGCUAGCCCGUCCAAGGUGAUCGUAGCCAUGACAUCGCGACUAGUGCACAUCUACGACCUAUCCGCCCUCUCCAGCGCGCUGGCCUCGCAAUCCGGAGAACCGCCGCAGCCAUGGCAACAGCGCGAGUCGUCCCUAAAAUUUCUGACGCGCGCCGUAGCUGCCAUGCCCUCAGAUGCCGGAUACGCGACGUCGUCGAUCGAGGGGCGCGUGGCGGUAGAAUGGUUCGACGCGAGCGCCGAGUCGCAAGCCCGCAAGUACGCCUUCAAAUGCCACCGCACAGCGCAGCCGCAAGCCGACGGCAGCAGCACCGAUGUCGUUUACCCGGUCAACUCACUCGCCUUCCACCCCGUCCACGGCAGUACUUUUGCCAGCGGCGGGGGCGAUGCCACCGUUGCCCUAUGGGAUGCCGAGGCCAAGCGCCGCAUGAAAGUGUACCAGAAGUUCGCAGACAGCGUCGCAGCCCUCGCCUUCAGCUCCGACGGGCGGUAUCUCGCCGUCGGCGUGUGUCCCGGUUUCGAGACGGGUAUGGAAGACUACAGCGGCGAGGGUCGUACCAAGAUUUUUGUAAGAGAGCUCGGCGAGAACGAAGCCUUACCUAAGGGUAAGGGCAAGUAGACAAGUAAUAACAGGCCAACCGAAAAAUUGGAAGAGUUGCAACGACGUAUAGCUGUAUCAUCUAUCUACCAAGAACUUUCUAGGGACCCGGAGCUGGCUGGCGUUAAGAGCGGAAGGGAACUUUGAAUUCUAUAAAAUGCAAUUUUCUAUAUUUUCAAGAUCAUACAAGUUCUUGGGUGAUCACGAUUAUCUUCUGGGCUUGGCUGGCAUCCGUUCCAAGAAUAACAUUGCCAGGCUACCUAGAGUACUUCACCGUGACAUUGCUUCCGAUCAUUUUAAAAAUAUGCUCUAAUAUGCCACUAAUUCCUCAAUUUGACAAUACAGUAACUGAUGCGUCGUACAUUAGGUACCUAGGUAGGCACGAAUAUAAAAGCUGAUAUAAAGCCAAUCCACCUAUCUGCCAUAGGCAUAGCCAGUUGUUUCAACA